GCGCCCCCUCCCUUCCCUUAUCAUGGUUCCUUUUGGACGUCACCACAUCAAAAAAUCAACACAAGAUGUCAAAACGGCCAAAACUGUCAGGUGCCCAGGGAAGAAAAAAGAGAAAAGAAGAGGAGGAGAAACGAGAAAAAGACAGAGAUGCACUGUUGAAGUUUCUAAAUCCCACCCCUGGGCCAUCUACCACAUCUACCGCUGCUGCCUCCACUUCAGCAGCACAACCCACCAGUGAUGCAGCAUCAGCAGCACAACCCAGCCAUGAUGCAGCAGCAUCAAGCGGUCUUCCUGUUGCCUCCACCUCAGCAGCACAACCCACCAGUUUUGCAGCAGCAUCAAGCGGUGUUCCUGUUGCCUCCACCUCAGCAGCACAACCCAGCAGUGAUGCAGCAGCAUCAAGCGGUCUUCCUGUUGCCUCCACCUCAGCAGCACAACCCACCAGUUUUGCAGCAGCAUCAAGCGGUCUUCCUGUUGCCUCCACCUCAGCAGCACAACCCAGCAGUGAUGCAGCAGCAUCAAGCGGUCUUCCUUUAUCGUGAAUGCAUCUCCAUCCACGUUGGACAGGCUGGCGUCCAGAUUGGGAAUGCCUGCUGGGAGCUUUACUGCUUGGAACAUGGCAUUCAGCCAGACGGACAAAUGCCCAGUGACAAGACCAUCGGCGGAGGAGAUGAUUCCUUCAACACUUUUUUCAGUGAGACUGGAGCUGGAAAGCAUGUCCCUAGAGCUGUUUUUGUGGACCUUGAACCCACUGUGAUCGAUGAGGUGCGGACUGGGACGUAUCGCCAGCUGUUCCACCCUGACCAGCUGAUCACUGGCAAGGAGGAUGCAGCUAACAAUUAUGCCCGUGGACACUAUACCAUCGGCAAAGAGAUUAUUGAUCUUGUUCUGGACAGGGUCCGCAAACUGGCUGACCGGUGCACUGGUCUUCAGGGCUUCCUGGUGUUCCACAGCUUCGGCGGUGGGACCGGCUCUGGUUUCACCUCCCUGCUGAUGGAACGCCUUUCUGUCGACUACGGCAAGAAGUCAAAGCUGGAGUUUUCCAUCUACCCAGCUCCCCGAGUGUCCACCGCUGUGGUUGAGCCCUACAACUCCAUCCUGACCACCCACACCACCCUAGAGCACUCUGACUGUGCCUUCAUGGUAGAUAACGAGGCAAUCUAUGACAUCUGCCGUAGGAACCUUGAUAUCGAGCGUCCUACCUACACCAACCUGAACAGGUUGAUCAGCCAGAUUGUGUCCUCCAUCACUGCUUCGCUCCGCUUCGAUGGUGCCCUCAAUGUUGAUCUGACAGAAUUCCAGACCAACUUGGUGCCCUACCCUCGUAUCCACUUCCCCCUGGCCACGUACGCCCCCGUCAUCUCUGCAGAGAAAGCUUAUCACGAGCAGUUAACUGUUUCAGAAAUCACAACCGCUUGCUUCGAGCCAGCCAAUCAGAUGGUGAAAUGUGACCCUCGCCACGGCAAGUAUAUGGCCUGCUGCCUUUUGUACCGUGGCGAUGUGGUGCCCAAAGAUGUCAACGCUGCCAUUGCUAACAUCAAAACCAAGCGCACCAUCCAGUUCGUGGACUGGUGCCCCACCGGUUUCAAGGUCGGCAUCAACUACCAGCCACCCACUGUGGUUCCUGGUGGAGACCUGGCCAAGGUACAGAGGGCUGUGUGUAUGCUGAGUAACACCACCGCCAUCGCUGAGGCCUGGGCACGACUCGACCACAAGUUUGACUUGAUGUACGCCAAGCGUGCAUUUGUUCACUGGUAUGUGGGUGAGGGAAUGGAGGAGGGCGAGUUUUCUGAGGCUAGAGACGACAUGGCAGCUCUAGAGAAGGAUUAUGAAGAGGUUGGAGUUGACUCUGCUGAUGGUGAGGGAGAUGAGGAAGGUGAAGAGUAGGUUCAUUGCAAUAAAAUCAUCAAAGUUAUGCAAGUUCGCUCAGAAGCACUGUUACAUUGUUCUAUCAAAUCUUGUUACAAUAUUCCUGUGUAUAUUUUUCAACUUUAAAUAAAUGUGUUUGAAAAUG